AUGAACCUCACCCCCAUCCACAUCCGCGGCCGCCGCAAACGACCCCUCCCAGAAGAAUCCCCCGCCCCCAUCAAGUCUGCCAAACGCACCGGCGGCCGCCCACGCCUCACCCCCCAAGCCCUCUUCCACUCCUCCCAACACAGCCAAUCCGCGCGCCGUCGCGCAGAACAAAGCCAAAGCGAACAACACGGCAGGAAGCGCAAGAAGCUACACUGCUACUCCCACCUGGAGUCCCUUCCUGUCGAGCUCCUCGAGCGCAUCUUUCUCUAUGCGCUGAAUCUGCAGUUGCCGCGCGCGUCGCCUGCGCUGGGCGCGGCGUUGUCGCGGGAGGGGGUUUAUCGUGUUUUGAUAUUGACGGCAUUUUGGGAUGAUCAUUGCGAUGGAGAUGAUGGUGAAGGGGUGGGGGGCACGGGCGCAUGGAGGUCUAUUUCCAGAAUGUUCCGUCCGAUGGAUGCUCCCCCGGUGUUGAGCUAUGCGGAGCGCAGCGCGCUGCAGGUGGGUGUGCUGCGGUGUCGCUGGUGUACGGUGUCGAGGGUGAUGGCGCAGGUUCCCGCGUUGACGAGACUGGUGGUGCUGCGUCGGUGGGUUGGGGCGGGGGUGCGCAUGGACAAGGCGCAGGCGGAGGAGCUGGAGAGGGCGAUGGCUGGGAUGUCGCGGCAGACUAUUUUCGAGGGUUAUAUCCCUGCUGCUGUUGAUUCACAUGGUGGAAAUACUGCAGAGACGGGAGGAUCCGCAACGCCCUACACCAUGACCAUCACGCCCAAAAUCUCCAUCCGCAUCGACUGCCCCGAGACUGCCUCCCAAACCGUAUACCCCAUCCUAGGAGUGGCCGCAUUCCCAGACCAUCUCCUGCGGGGAGCUACAACCACAACAGAGAAAGGCGCAAGCUUCACCACGCCCCACGCCCAAUUCCUCGAACUCCUCCGCCUCGCCAGCAACCACACGCACUCCACCCCAACCCAUCCACCAACACCAACGGCCCAAAAAAGCAUCACCCUCUCCCGCACCGCCCUCCAAGAAGGCAUCCACACCGCAAUAACUCAACGCAACCACCCCCUACUCCUCACCCUCCUCAAACUCGACGAACACCACCACCGCACGUCCACCCCCCACCCCUACACCCUCCCGCCCUCCCACUUCCACACCGCAGCAAGCCUGCACCCCGCAGACCCAACAACCUUCCAGCUGCUCCUCCGCACAAGCGCCGAGUCCCUCCCCGCGGAUGACUCGGCCAUCACCCAGUGGGCUAUGCAUCAGGGUGGGCCGCUGGGGCGCUGGGUGUUGGACCUCAUGACAGCUAUGCCGCAGUUGGUGGACGCGGCGCUGGCGAAUCCCGCUCGUGAGGCUGUCUUCUACAUGGGGAGGGCGAAUGAGGGGGUGGAGUUGGCGAGACGGUAUGUGAGGGAGGUUGUGGGGGUGGGGGGGUUGGAAAGUUGGAUGGGGGAGGGGGAGGUUGAUCUGGAGUAG